AUGCCGUCUGGAAACGGAUGUCGUGCCAACCAACGCCGUGAGCGCGAGAUGAAGAAGGCGCAGAGCGCCGGCGUCAAGCACACUUCCGAUGAUAUGAAGAAGCAUGAGCAGAGCAAGAACGCCAUUCAGUGCAAGGUGUGCCUGCAGGGCUUCCCCCGAACGGUGCGCCGCCCGGAGCUGGAGCAGCACUUCGAGAAGCACUCAAAGGUAGGCAAGUUCUUCGAGGAGGUGUUCCCCGACUUUACGGAGUAA